UUUACCACAACUAGAUACUGAAACAACCUCUGUAAAAUAAAGAAUAUUUACAGGACAGAGGAUCAUGUGGUCUAGACAUGUGGAGAAAUGACUAAAUCAUCACCACCGUGUGUAAUUUCUGGUUUCUCAACCUCAGCUGCAUCACUCCAGUUCAUGAAAAAAAGAAUUUAAUGGAUGGGUAUUUAUUUAAAUCCUUCUCAGUCAUUGUUGAUUAUACCUUCCUGUGAUAUUUCCCAAUAAAUAUAGUUUUUUUAAUAUAUUUUUUAAAAUAUAACCCAUAGGUUAAUAUAUGAUUCAUAAACACAGACCGAUCACGUUUAACGGCAUUUACGUGUCUCUCAGGAUCCCAGUCUCAAACCUGUGAAGGUUCCUAAGCUAUUCAUAUCUAUACUUCUACUCGUUUAUUCUGUACAAUGUAUUUGUAUUCCGUUACAUCCCAAGCACCUUUCGAAUAAAGGGUGCCGAUAAUUCUGGAGGUACCUGAAGUUUGUUUGUUACAAAGCAAUAACAGAGCUCAGUGAGGGGCUCGGGUUCAUGUGAGCUAAUCCGAGAGCAGAAAUGGUGCUGCCCAUUUGUUGGAUUAUGUGACAGAUUUCGUUCAGUGUUAAUCUGUGGAACAGCAGGCAAACUGGAGAGCUUCUUACAUCAAUCUGGACAUCCAUCCAUCUCCACAUCCAUCAUACUGUAUCAGUCAGCCUCUGAAGAACAGCUCAGGCAUGAACCUCUUCUGUUUCUCUCUGGAAGGCUCCAUGGAUAGUCUGUAUGAGGCGGUGAGAGAUGAUGGAGAGACUCAAGUCUAUGACGUCCCCAGCAGAUCAGACAGUUCAGCUAAUCUCCACCACUGCGUUCGCUGUACAGGAGCCACGUCUCGUGUGGAUUUUUCACAAAUCAACUGCACUAAUUCCGAAAAGAAGAAAAGAAGCCCAUUACAGAAGUCUGUCUCUGAAAACAAUGCACUAGUCAGACGCAUGAAGCAAGAUGAAUUCUGUACCAAGAGAGAAAAUCACCAUCACAUGAACUCUAACCAGAGAGAAAACAAGCUUCCUGUACAGACUGGAACGUCUCAGGCAGAGGUCAGAGAUGCACCAGGCAUCAUAAUGAGGACACAGGAAUCUCGUCACAACAAACAGGAGACCCGAACUUCUGCCCCAACGAUUGGCAGCUGGAGAUGGACACGCCUUCCCAGUUUUUCCAGAGAAUUCCAGCUUUUCCAUGAGACACAGGCAGAUCAAUGA